GUGAAACGAAUGAAAAUUUCCUUUUAACAGCUUUUAUUUCCUCGUAUUUUGUGGUUUUAUGAAUGGCUUGAAUCCAGAUAUGUCACUUGGAGGCAAAACACAAGACGAGAAGGGAGCGAGCGGGGGAGGCCCAUCUCCAUCAUGAGCCGCAGCAGGGCUGUGAGUUGGGAACAAUGUGCAGCUUCCUGAGCCCCAAACAGGCCAUCGGUCCGGGCCUGACCGACAUGCAGCAGUACCACCAGUGGCUGACCAGUCGGCAUGAAGCAAGCCUGCUGCCCAUGAAGGAGGACCUCGCCCUCUGGCUCAAUAAUAUUCUCAGUCUGGAACUCACAGCUGAGAGCUUCAUGGACCGCUUGGACAAUGGUGUCCUGCUGUGCCAGCUGGCUGAGACACUGCAGGAGAAAUUCAGGGAAAGCAGUGCAGACCCGUCCAUCCUGAGCAACAACAAGACUAUUCCCAACCGGAGGAUACCGUGUCGGCGGAGUGCUCCAUCUGGAUCCUUCUUUGCACGUGACAACACUGCCAACUUCCUGGCCUGGUGUCGAGGGGUUGGAGUUGGAGAGACCUGUUUGUUCGAGUCCGAGGGUUUGGUUCUGCACAAGCAGCCACGAGAAGUUUGCCUCUGUCUACUUGAGUUGGGUAGGAUAGCAUCCAGGUACAAUGUGGAGCCCCCUGGUCUUAUUAAACUGGAGAAGGAGAUUGAACAGGAAGAGACAGCACCACUACCCCCUCCUUCUCCUGCAUCCCCAGUUCAGGCUCUCCCUCCAUCUCCCCCAUCGUCUCCCUCCCCGUCUCCAUCCCCCACACCAACUCCCGCCAAAGUCACUUCCACAAAGAAAAGCACAGGAAAGCUGCUUGAUGAUGCUGUCAGACAGAUCGCUAAUGAUCCGCCCUGCAGGUGUUCAAAUAAAUUCCACGUUGAGAGACACUCACAGGGUCGAUACCGUGUUGGGGAGAAAAUGCUGUUUAUCCGAAUGCUGCACAACAAGCAUGUGAUGGUGCGAGUGGGAGGAGGCUGGGAGACGUUCGAGAGCUACUUGCUGAAACACGACCCCUGCCGCACCAUGCAGUUUUCCAGGGUGGAGGGCAAGACGUCCCCUGUCAGCAGCAAGUCCCCGGACAUAAAGGAGCUGAGCCCGGACAGCUACCUGGUGGUGGCAGCUCACUACCGGGGCAAGAAGUGAGCACAGCUGUAAAUGACUGAAGCCAAACACUUAGGUGAUCAGAGGAGCCAUGUUUGAUAUUACAUUGUUGCCUUUUUUACUCAGUAAAAAAAUGCCUUUUUUUUUUUACUUUUCUUGCGCAUUCAUUGAGUUUUUUCAUGAUCAUUGUAUUCUACACAUGUUGUCUUCUGUGUCACAUUUAAAGAGGUUUGAUGUCAAGACGUAUUCGGUCAAGUUUCUCCUGUGUCUUGGAGCAUCGCACUCAAAUAUGGACGCAUUAUUUUUCUGUGCCAAUAUGUGAUGCUAAAUGUUUUGUAAAAGGUGAAUAAAUCAA